UCGAAUAAGUGUCCUACUUGAGCGAGACCUGCUACUGUGGCAAGAUGUUACAGUACGACGAUAACGGAUUUUAUUUCUUCGCGCUGAGUACGCUCAGCUUUUACUUGGUACCUUCCUGGUAUUCCAUUCUACAAAAAGUGUUCAACGCCUUUUGGGUCAACGAUGAAAAGAUUGGUGCCGUCGCGCGGACUUCCGCCGAACAGAAAAAGGCCGAUCAGCUCAAAAAGUCGCAAAAGGGCAUGAGCGUCCUGCAUUCCCAAGGCUUCCUCAUCAACGUCGGUAUUACCCUCGCGCUCAGUAUGCUCUUCGUGUGGCUCUUGUUUAUGGUAUCGCAGGACGGCGAAGUCAACUCGUUCGAUCCCUUCUCCAUUCUCGAAAUUGAUCACGGCUCGGACUCGAAAUCGAUCAAAAAGGCGUACCGCAACCUCUCGCUCAAAUACCAUCCCGAUAAGAAUCCCGGUAACCGCGCGGCGGAAGCCAAAUUCAUGAUGGUCAGUAAGGCCUACGAAACAUUGACGGACGAAACGGCCAAGGAAAAUUACGAAAAGUACGGCAACCCGGACGGCAAACAGAGUUUGGAAGUGUCCAUUGGAUUGCCGUCGUUCUUGCUCGACACCAACAACCGUAAUCUAGUCCUUAUGGUGUACCUUGUCAUCAUGGUGGGGGUCAUUCCCUUUUGCGUUUGGACCUACUACAGUGAUUCCUCCAAGUACGGAGAAAAGGAUGUCAUGUACGAUACCUAUUCGUGGUUCCAUCACACUCUCAACGAACACACGGUCGUCCGAGCCCUCCCGGAAGUCCUCGCGGGUUCCGCCGAAUUCCGCAAACGCAACAUUCCCCGUGACGCGGACGAUAAAAAGGCCGUUUCCGCCGCCGUGACCAACGUCAAAUCGCUCAUGCCUAAACCCAAGUACAAUCAUCCCGUCUGCGUCAAGGGCAACGUACUCAUGCAUUCCCAUCUUUUGCGCCAAGACGUCGCCAAAGUGCACGAAGAAGAUUUAAAGUACAUGCUGCGCUACUCCACUGCACUGAUUGAUGCCAUGAUUUCCGUCUGUAAGCAUCAAGACUCAAUUCAGACGGCGGCUAAUUGUAUUGAAUUCGGACAGUACGUGACCCAGGCCAUGUGGACCAAGGAUUCGCCGUUGUUGCAGCUACCGCACUUUACGCCGGCAGAAGUAGCACACGUGGAUAAAGGCAAGGUCAAGAUUGGAACGGUCCAAGAAUAUCGCGCGCAGGCGGAAGACCAGCGCAAAGGCAUGGCCACAUUUUCCGACUUGCAGAAGAAGGAUAUCGCCAACUAUCUCCACAUUUUCCCGGAUAUCACGGUUGAAUCCAAAGUUUUUGUGGACGACGACGAAGAUGACAACGUGUACGAAGGGGAUUUGGUAACCAUUAUGGUUACAAUAACUCGGAACAAUCUGGCAGACGGUGAAAAGGCGGGUCUCGUGCACGCACCCCGAUUUCCCUUUCCCAAGAAGGAAGCUUGGUGGAUUAUUUUGGGGCAACUUAAGGAGGGCAAGAUCAUUUCGAUUGAUAAGGUUGGUAAUUCCAACAAGAAGGUGCAACACGCCAUCAAGUUCUUGGCACCGCCGCAGGGUACGUACGAAUUCGAUCUACUUAUCAAAUCGAACGGAUACGUGGGUGUCGACCAAAAAUUGAAAGUAGACAUGACCACAUUGGACAACUCGGCCUUACCGGAAUACAAGGUGCAUCCGGAUGAUGCCGAGCUGGACGAUGAGCCGACACUGUUCGAGGAGAUGCUGAACGCCCACAUUGAGCAGGAUUCGGAUGAUGAUGAUUCGGACGAGGAAGAUUCCGAUGACGAAGAUCAGCCACAAACAGAAGCCGCCAAGAAAAAGGAGCAAUUGCGAAAGGCACGGCAAGCUGACAAAGAUGACGACGACGAUGAUUCGGAUGACGAAGCGGAAGAGGUGUACGCCGAUAAGUAGACUCCUCCGGCGUUACACUUCCUAUUUCGGCCCGAUACAUUUCUAACUAUUAAGAACUUAUAGGUUGGAUUUACAUAUAC